AUGGCUAAGAAACAAUCUACUGCCAAGCAAGCUUCUUCUAAGCAAAACGAUAUAAAAGCUCCACAAAAGCAAGCUCCUGCUGAGCAAGUAGAGGAGGAUUUGCAAUUACCUUCGUCUUCGGAAGAGGAAGAGGAAGAGGAAGAGGAAGAGGAGCAAGAUGAAGUAGAGGAAGUCUAUGGUUUGUCAAGUGAUGAAGAAGACGACGAGGAAGAUGUGGACGAAGAGAUUUCUGAGACAGAAGAGACGAUAGGGUCAGUACAACCCAACUCAUCAGGCCACAGAGUGAACAAAGUGAUAUCUAAAACGUCGGCCACUGACCCACAUACCAAAGCCAAAGUUAACAAGACUGGUGUCAUAUACAUUGGUAGACUUCCCAAAGAAUUUCAAGAACCAGAAUUGAAAAAGUACUUUAAACAAUUUGGUCCAAUUAAGCAGUUGAUAUUGCCACGUAAUAAACUGUCGGGUAAACCAAAGCAUUUUGCUUACAUUGAAUUUGAAAGUGUUGAAGUUGCAAAGAUAGCUGCUGAAACAAUGAACAAUUACUUGUUGUUUGGUCACUUACUCAAGUGUGAAUAUGUUGAGAAUCCUCACAAGGACGUAUUCAAGAAUGCCGAUCGUAAAUUCAAGGUUAUACCAGUUCACAAAAUUGUCAAGGAUAAACAUGACAAAGCAAAGACCAAGGAGGAAUGGGAGAUCAUAGUACAGAAGUUUGAAGAAUCAAAGAGGAAAAAAGUUGAAGAAUUGAAGAGUAAAGGUAUUGAUUAUGAUUUGAGCGCAUUAUUGAGUGAAGCGUAG